CACAGAUGCUGCCGUGCUACACAUUGUGAUGUGAAACUUAGCCGAUGACGGUAGUGGAAAACUGUCCCGUUUCGAAGGAAUUUCUCUCUGCUAGAAAGUAUCGCAAGACGUACAGCUUGCAUACAAAGCGUAUUGUUACCGUCUCUGAUCCAACAGCCGCUGUUACGCAGUUUACUAGCGAACUCGCGCCUAUUUGUAUGUAUUCCCUCGACACUGGAACAGUAUUUGGGUUAAACUAAUCCGCGAUGGUGUCAAACAUUGUAAUAGUUUUGUUUAGUUGUUCUGUUAUCGCCGUGUCAGGGACAUUGUUCAGCAGACAUGACUAUUCGAACGACAAUAGCAUGGAUGUGACCGACUUUUCCGUAUACUACGAUAUGAAGACCAACGAUACCAUCAGGAAGAUGAUGCCUCGGCCGUGGUACAAGCCGGGCUGGUUGCUUCGUUUGCCGUUCACUGGUGGCCCCUGCCAGUGUGAGGGCUUGCACUGCUCUUGUUGCACCGGCAUUCGAAUACAAACAUUUAACUUUGAUCGUAAAGCUUGUACAAAAUUAACUUAUGAGCCGAAUGAAUCAUUAGUAGCCAUGGAGGUCACACUGAACGACGAAUCAGUUUACAGAAGCUCAUUCUCAGCCCGCAACCCACCUCCUUUCUGCAUACCGGUGCCAGUUCCAUACCUGCCCCCAGGGCUAGUGGACAUGUGCAUCAGGUUCUUCGACGUCUCGGUGGUGGAGCAGCGGCUGCAUGUCUGCAUGGACUGGGACACCCGGAUUGAUAAAGCUCCGGUCUUGGUCCUCCACUUUGACUGCAUGGACAUGGGUUUGAGUGGGGUAAGCCUAUCAAAGCCAGGCGGCAGCGGCGGCACCAACCCCGGGACCGCCUCAGAACCGGGAGAACCCACGCAAGUCAAUGCUGAUGUGUAUGAUCCUGUCACGGAAACUAUUAAAGCAACCAAGAGCCCUUUCCUUAAUGCUAUUAAAUAUAUUUGAGCUGGUGAA